AUGGGCUGCUGCUCGGCACGAUGCAUGCUGAUCCUCCUGUGUUGUCUGCAGUUGAUAACUGCGCUGGAGAGGCAGGUGUUUGACUUCCUUGGCUACCAGUGGGCUCCCAUCAUGAUCAACUUCUUCCACAUCAUCACGGUCAUCCUGGGCCUGUUUGGUGUCAUCCAGUACAGAUCACGCUAUGUGGUUAUGUACCUGCUGUGGACGUUGUUGUGGGUCAGCUGGAAUGUCUUUGUCAGCUGUCUCUACUUGGAUCUGGGAGGCCUUUCAAAGGACAGUGACAUCCUCUCCCUGGGAGUAUCGUCGCAUCGCUCGUGGUGGAAGGACAACGGGCCGGGGUGUGAGAUCGAGGGCCUUCCCUCCGCCGGGUGGCAGAACCAGCAGAACCCCGAGCUGACCACAGUGCCGAGCUGCUGGCUGCAAUACCAGUACAUCGAAAUCCUGCACUGCAUCAUCCAGCUGUUCGUAUCACUCCCAGGAUUUGUUUAUGCCUGCUACAUCGUCAGCACGUUCUCAGAUGAAGAAGACAGCUUUAAUUUCAUGGGUGACUUUUAUCAUCCAUCCAAACCCUCUCAUUUGCUCUUCUAG